AAUCCCACUCCAAAACCCUAAUCUUGUCUGCAUCUACUUACCAAAGCCCCACAAUUGAUGAACUGUGACCCUCUUUUGUUCGCAUUCCAUUUCGUUCUUAUCUUUCUUCCUCAACCACAACCAAGAGAAAGAAGGGUCAAGUAACUUGCUAUUUCCUUCUUAUUGACUCUUGCAAAUUCUCUCCUUAGCCGAAAAGGGCUGGAAAGAGAAUAGAAUGUAGAGAACCGAUUGAGUGAAGAAGUUAGAGGGAAGGAGGAAUAUGGUGGUUAGGAAAGUAGGAAAGUAUGAGAUUGGCCGGACGAUAGGGGAGGGAACCUUUGCCAAGGUGAAGUUCGCCCAGAAUACUGAGACUGGCGAGAGUGUGGCUAUGAAAGUUCUCGAUCGGAACACAAUUAUCAAGCAUAAGAUGGUGGAUCAGAUUAAGAUGGAGAUAACAAUAAUGAAGGUUGUUAGACAUCCAAAUAUUGUUCGUCUGCAUGAGGUUCUGGCGAGCCGCACUAAAAUCUAUAUAAUAUUGGAAUAUAUCACGGGUGGUGAAUUGUUUGAUAAAAUAGUUCAUCAUCGACGGCUUAGUGAAGGUGAAUCUAGGAGAUACUUCCAGCAGCUCAUUGAUGCUGUGGACUACUGCCAUACUAAGGGAGUAUAUCAUAGGGAUCUGAAGCCUGAAAAUCUCUUGGUAGAUUCCUUAGGAAAUCUAAAGAUUUCAGAUUUUGGACUCAGUGCAUUUCCUGGAGAAGGAGUGAGCCUCCUUCGGACAACUUGUGGAACUCCUAACUAUGUAGCACCGGAGGUACUGAGUCACAAGGGUUACAAUGGUGCUGUUGCGGAUAUUUGGUCUUGUGGAGUCAUCCUAUUUGUUCUGUUGGCUGGAUAUCUUCCAUUUGAUGAGAUUGAUCUCACUAAUUUGUAUAGUAAGAUAGAUAAAGCUGAUUUCUCAUUUCCUUCAUGGUUUCCAGUAGACGCAAAAUCUUUAAUCCAGCAGAUAUUGGAUCCAAAUCCUGAAACUCGUAUGAGAAUCGAGGAGAUAAGAAAUGAUGAAUGGUUCAAGAGAAAUUAUACUCCUGUCAAACCUAUUGACUAUGAAGAUGUUACCCUUGAUGACAUAAACGCAGCUUUCGAUGAUCAUGAGGGAGAACAGAUUGUUGAUCAUACCAGGAAUGAAGAUGAGGGACCUUUGACCCUUAAUGCAUUUGAUCUGAUAAUUCUUUCCCAGGGUUUGAACCUUUCAUCCAUGUUUGAUCGUGGCCAGGACUCCGUGAAGCAUCACACACGGUUUGUUUCACAGAAACCGGCAAAGGUAGUUUUAUCUACAAUGGAAGUUGUCGCACAAUCUAUGGGAUACAAAACCCACAUACGCAAUUUCAAGAUGAGAGUGGAAGGCUUAUCAGUGAAUAAAACUUCACAUUUCUCUGUCAUCUUAGAAAUAUUUCAAGUUGCCCCAACAUUUUUAUUAGUUGAUAUUGAAAAAUCAGCUGGUGAUGGUGGAACUGAAGAGUACCUUGAGUUUUACAAGAACUUCUGCAACAAUCUGGAGGAUAUCAUCUGGAAGCCACCAAGUGGUCAUGAUAUUUCCACUUCUAGGGUUUGCAAGACCAGGAGCAAAAGGAGUUGAUUUUUCAAAACGGCUAAUUUUAUGCCUCGUUUGGUGUCGUAUUGGGUGUUUUAAGACUUGACCCAUCGUCUUAUACUCUUCCACCUCCGAGAGAGAGAGAUGUUUAUCGAGUUCCAAUCUCAUUUGGAAAGUGUUUUUUUUUUCAAAUUCAUUUGUUGUAUUUUAAUCCAUUAAAAGUUUGUCAAAUUUGUAGUUGUAAUUUGUAACUGAUUUCUUUAUUUGGUGAAAAAGUGUGACUACAUGAUAUUAUAAUUUUCAAUAUUCUGUUUGUUUUUUUGACAAAGAUAUUAUUUUGUU